AUGCAGCACUACGGGGUGAACGGAUACUCCCUGCACGCGAUGAACUCCCUGAGCGCAAUGUACAACCUGCACCAGCAGGCCGCGCAACAGGCCCAGCACGCGCCCGACUACCGGCCCUCCGUGCACGCGCUCACCCUCGCGGAGAGACUCGCUGACAUCAUCCUGGAGGCGCGCUACGGGUCCCAGCACCGGAAACAGCGCCGCAGCCGCACGGCCUUCACCGCCCAGCAGCUUGAGGCGCUCGAGAAGACCUUCCAGAAGACCCACUACCCCGACGUGGUGAUGCGCGAGCGUCUGGCAAUGUGCACGAACCUCCCCGAGGCCCGCGUGCAGGUGUGGUUCAAGAACCGCCGCGCCAAGUUCCGUAAGAAGCAGCGCAACCUGCAGAAGGAGCAGCUGCAGAAGCAGAAGGACGCGUCCGGGGAGGAGGGAGACAAGGGGGAGCCCGCCGCCUCCUCCACCACCUCCUCCACCAGCGCCAUCAGCACCUCCACCGGAGGCGGCCUGCCCGACACCCAGCUGGCCCCCGCCUCCUCCUCCUCUUCCUCCUCCUCCUCCUCCUCCUCCUCCCUGGAGCUGGAGCGGGCCGCCGGCCGGACCGCCCCCCCGGUGGAGAUGGAGCUCAACGUCACGUCGCCGGAACAUUCCGGGUGCGAGUCGGAGGACAACGGCUCGGACAAGGAGGAGGAGGAGGGGGGAAAACUUCUGCAGGACGAGAUGAGGAGCGAGGCGGCCAUGACGCCUGGACACCUGUCCCCGGGAUGCAAACGACUCAGCCCCAAACCUGACUCCCCCCUGGUGUCCCGGUCGGUGACCCCCGGCUCCAGCAGCGGGGGCAGCAUGUCCGGGGGCGGGCCCCUCCCCCCGGGACACUCCUACUCCUCCUCCCCCCUCAGCCUCUUCCGCCUGCAGGAGCAGUUCCGCCAGCACAUGGCGGCCACCAGCAGCAUGGUGCACUACCCGGCCUUCGACAUGGGCGGCCACCCCGCCUCCCCGCCGCACGGGCUGCCCUACCUGGGCAUGAACGUCAACAUGCCGGCGCCGGCGCCCCUGGGCACGCUGCCGUGCCAGUCGGCCUACUACCAGUCCCUGUCGCACCACGCCGCGCAGCAGGUGUGGAGCGCCCCCCUGCUGCAGGCCUCGGCCGCCGCCGCCGCCGCCGCCGCCGCCGCCGCGGGGGGGCUGAGCAGCCACAACAGCAAGACCACCAGCAUCGAGAACCUGCGGUUAAGGGCCAAGCAGCACGCCGCCUCGCUCGGGCUGGACACCAUGUCCACCUGA